AUGCAGGGCAACAGCGCGGAGCAGGGCAGGGCAGCCGCGCGUGCAAGGCAACAGCGCGGAGCAGGGCAGGGCAGCCACGCGUGCAGGGCAACAGCGCGGAGCAGGGCAGUGCAGACACGGGCAGCAACAGGCGGCAACGGGCAGCACAGGCACAGGCAGCAACGGGCGGCAACAGGCAGUACAGGCACGGGCAGCAACGGGCGGCAACGGGCAGCACAGGCACGGACAGCAACGGGCGGCAACAGGCAGCAUAGGCACGGGCAGCAACGGACGGCAACGGGCAGCCCAGGCACGGGCAGCACAGGCACGGGCAGCAACGGGCGGCAACGGGCAGCACAGGCACGGGUAGCAACGGGCGGCAACGGGCAGCAUAGGCACGGGCAGCAACGGGCGGCAACGGGCAGCAUAGGCACGGGCAGCAACGGGCAGCACAGGCACGGGCAGCAACAGGCGGCAACGGGCAGCACAGGCACGGGCAGCAACAGGCAGCAACGGGCAGCACAGGCACAGGCAGCAACGGGCGGCAACGGGCAGCACACGCACGGGCAGCAACGGGCGGCAACGGGCAGCACAGGCACGGGCAGCAACAGGCAGCAACGGGCAGCACAGGCACGGGCAGCAACGGGCGGCAACGGGCAGCACAGGCACGGGCAGCAACGGGCGGCAACGGGCAGCACAGGCACGGGCAGCAACGGGCGGCAACGGGCAGCACAGGCACGGGCAGCAACGGGCGGCAACGGGCAGCACAGGUACGGGCAGCAACAGGCGGCAACGGGCAGCACAGACACGGGCAGCAACAGGCAGCAACGGGUAGCACAGGCACAGGCAGCAACGGGCGGCAACGGGCAGCACAGGCACGGGCAGCAACGGGCGGCAACAGGCAGCACAGGCACGGGCAGCAACGGGCGGCAACGGGCAGCACAGGCACGGGCAGCAACGGGCGGCAACAGGCAGCACAGGCACGGGCAGCAACGGGCAGAGCAGAGCGCACGAGGGCGCAGAGCGCCCCGCUGCCCUGCGCGCCUCGCUGCCCUGCCCGCCCUGCUGCCCUGCACGCCCCGCUGCCCUGCGCACCCUGUUGCCCUGCGCGGCCCGCUGCCCUGCGCGGCCCACUGCCCUAUGCGCCCUGCUACCCAGCACACCCUGCUGCCCUGCAUGCCUUGCUGCCUAGAGCGCCCCGCUGCCCUGCGCGCCCCGUUGCCCUGUGCGCCCUGCUGCCUUGCGCGGCUCGCUGCCCUGUGCGUCCUGCUGCCCAGCGCGCCCCUCGUACCCUGCUCCCUUGUGCGCCCAGCUCGCCCUGCUGCCCGAUGCUUAGCGCGCCCCGCUGCCCUGCGCGCCCCACUGCCCUGCGUGCCCCGCUGCACCGCUGCCCUGCGCGCCUUCCUGCCCAGAGCGCCCUGUUGCCCUGCGCGCCCCGCUGCCGUGCAUGCCCUACUGCCCUGUGCGGACCGCUGCCCUGUGCACCCUUCUGCCCUGCGCGGCCCGCUGCCAUGUACGCCCUGCUGCAUCUAG